GGAAAGCAGUUUCAGCUCCAAAAAUCAAGGAAAUAUGGCCGAUGUAAACAUCAAUGUCCAGUGCGAGUGCUAUCAUCGUCGUGGAUUGCUCUACGCAGCUCGUCCUUGGGCCUGGGGACGUCCUUGUCGCCGCUGCCGAAGGAUGAUGUCCAGGACCAUGAUGGUGGUGCCAGCCCAGGUGGCACAGCCAGCCUUAAGAGCCACCACCACAACCACAAUGGUGCCCAUUGCUGUUACCACUUACUAAGAAUAAGGAGAUCGAAGGAGAAUUUCCAGUACUUAAACUUGAGAGGGGAGAAUAUU